AUGAAUCGCUCGAAAUGGUCAUUGCGGCGUCUUAUUCUGGGUCUCAGCGUUGAGGACGCACAGAGCAAGUUUGACACGCCAGAGUCUCGAAGCAUUCUUCGCGUAGCGCACGAGCGGUAUAAUCAGGGCAUCUACCACGAGCUUCAAGUCGCUCAGCGACAGCGCAAUGGGCUGGCCCCAGAGCGCAAGUGCCACAUCAGCCGCUUUACGAAGCCAAGUGUGCCAGGAUUUCAAGCCUACCUGAAAGGCGCCCCAGACGACUAUGUAAUUCGAGAAGUCUGGGAUGACGAUGAAGAUGUCGUCAUUGGAGAAAGUGGUGCGUUGAGGACGAAAAGCAAAGUUGCUCUUAGUCACAGUAGCGCCAUCAGCAACGCACCAACUGUGUCAUCAAAAAUAAAGCAAGAGCAAGAUGCUUUCAGAAUGACAAAGGCACUGAUCCUGAAAACGCUGGCCUCCGCUCUACAGCUCGUCAUGGAGAAUGUGCUCUCGGAGCUCAAGAGGCGGCGUCAAAGUGGGACACUUUUGUCAAAGGAGCACCAGGCAUCAGUUGUUAAUCGACUAAUCAGCGGAGUGGUCGAUUCCAGCGCAAGAAGCUACAAGAGUCUGUCUUCCUCAUCACAUCUGCUUGAGCCAGUUGAGAUGGCGGUGACGCUGUUUGGUCGCAAAGACGUAGCCGAAGUGCAAGCAUUCGAUAGCGACACCUUCGCUGUUCCAGCAGCUGAAAAAGACAUUUCCUACUCCCUAUGGGUGGCCGGUGGCAUUGUCGCGAGCGAGGAACUUAUGGAGGAUUUCCCAUUUCACCUCGCCAAGUUUGUGACACCUGAGAAGGGGUCGGCCCCGCCGCAUCGGCUGCCACACGUGGAGGUGGAAAUCUACUUCUCCUCUGAGCUAUUUCAGCUGGAGAAGACAAUUGGGCUAAACGGUGUCCACAUGCUACGCUUAUUUAUCGGCAAAACCAUGAUGAAGCAGCACGAACCAACCCCAACCUCCACCACGCUACUUCUCGCCGCAUCGGGAGAGAAGGAGCGUGAUCUUUACAGCAUUUAUGACUCCACGCGCGAUCGUGGCGAAGUCCGGAUUCCGUGGAUUCGUAAAAUGGUGACCAAGGUAUCGACGGUGACUGGCGUGGUGUUUAGCGCGGAGGACUCGGAUGAGAAUCCCUCUGUCGAUCACAUGCGUGCCUCCGUCAGCUCCGUCUGGCGAGCGUGGGGCCACCUUGUGAAGGAUCUUCAUGUACAUGGUGACCUCGACUAUCUCUACGUUUCCAUCAGUCGACAGCAAGAGUGGGAAGGCAACAAAGCGUACAUCUCUGAGCUGAAAAAGCUGGAGGCUGCCAGGGACGCCGAUGAGUCUGCCGGGCCGCUCGUAGAGACCGCAAACAUAGCUCGUACUUUGAGCCGAAGCAGUGCCGCAGAAUUCGCGGCAGCGGGUUUUGCAGGCAAAGCACGCAAACUGUACCUGCCUAUUUCAGCCGAUUUCGUUGUUGUAGAAUGCACACUGGAGCGCAAAGGCCUGCCACAUAGCAUGGUUGUCGAGGACAUUGUGUCCAUCUUGACGGAGAUGCAGCACGAGCAGAUGGAAAUGCAACGACUAUCUGUUCUCGAUGCCAUGGCAACUCAGGUGGAGAACGAGGCCAAGUCCGGUUCCUGCACCUCUGUAGCGCGAAGUCGAGACAAGAUUGUACCGGUAUUGUACGAGCCGAAAAUUGUCGUCUCCCAUGCUGGAACGCUGGAAAACGGCACACACGCAUUUCAACGAGUCCGCAUUCGCGGCAGCUGUCGAGCUCAUGUUGAGGCGCUCGCAGCAGCACUGCAAGAUGAAGCUGGCAGCUACUUCACCGACAGAUCUCUGCCCCUCUCCAUGACCUCUGCGACUCACACCGCAACAGGCAGCAGCGAGGACCAGAAUGAUCAGGCAGGCGGCUGGUCGCUUCCAAAAAAUCUCUCGUUUCGCGCCGUGCGUGCGCCGAGCAGUCAGCAGCGCCUUAUCGGCCACAGCGCCCCAUCCGCCUCUGCUGUAGGAAACAAGCUCCGUGAUCCUACAUCGCGCAGCCGUUAUUCGCGCUCGCAGACGCUCACGCUUGCAGCCGACAGUUCAGCGCUCGUCACGGAUGAUGAGCGCCAGUUUUGGAAAGAGAACUAUUACCGACUCUCUGAGAUAAAAGGCAUUUACCACGAUCGUGUCGAUGCAACAGACGCUCUCGGUCAUUCGUGGCAGUCUUUGCCUCCACGUGUCCAUGAGCACCUCGCCUUACUGAACCGUCGACUCGCGCCAGGCGAUGGCGUGGCUGGCAGCGGCACUACCGCGACUGACCAGGAUCAGGAUGAUGAGGGUGACAUCCCUGCGUCAGGGAAGCGGAAGCGGAAAAGGGAUGGCAAGAAGAAGGCGAAACAGACAACUGCCGACAAAGAGACGGCAGCCGCAGCCUCACUAGGGCUGGCGCCGGAGAAGCUCUUCGAGUACCUCUGCACCGACAUGGAGGCAGAGAGCGCGCGGCAUGACCUGCGUGCUGGCGACUGUGCGGGGUACGACUACCUUCUCAAUCUGCGGCGCAUUCCAGACAAGCACCUUCCUCUGGUCGCCCCUGCCGUAGUGUCCGUCACAUCCAAGGGGUUCAUCAACUACUAUGGGCCGCAGCGCUUUGCCACCUACACUCGCAUGAAUAUGCACCCCGGGCUCCACUUGCUGAAGGGCCAGUACAAGGCAGCGGCGCACGUUCUAGUACAGCAGUUCUAUCUCGAUGCCGCGCUGGAGGCGGAGCGGCAGCGCACCGGACAGGCGUUUCCCCGCCUCAAGGGUCUGCAAGGGUAUGGUGGGGUUCGCCUGCCCGAUUUUCUGCGCUCUGGGACGCCCCGCUCCAUCGCUGAACAUGGAACACCAAUGCAUCGGGUGCUCUACAACGCGUUGCAGGCAUCCGCCUUGCUCGGGGGCGAUGACAGCCUCGACGGUAACGAUGGCCUGCGUGGUCAGGGCCACGGCAGCAGCGAGCCUGGAUGGGGGGCAUUAGCAGCAGCCUCUGGAGAACGCCGUGGAAAGAGCCAGUCGCGCGCAUCCGGUGCAGCACACCAUGUGGAUAGGGAUAGCGCCGCCGGUGCUGCCCACCCUGGUGGCAACGAUGAUCCUUGCGCAGAGGCGUUUCUGCGCGUAAUUGGGCCGCGCGUGUGUGCGAUGCUCAUCCAAGAGUUUCUGAGCUUCGUCUGGAACGACAUUGUCAACCAACGGUUCCAACGCUACGGCACAUUCACGCUUCUUCCCGGAGACCUCGUGAGGGCCGGUGGGGUCAUGGCCGCGACCUUGCACAACGGCCACGAAGGAGAUGCAGCGAUAGACCCGCCACUGGUCUAUGCCUCCCGGGGCGAGAUCGAGCGUGGGGUGUUUUCGGUAUGGGACUUGGCUCUACCGCUACCCGGCGCCGACAUCCGCCUUCCGCAGAACCAUACGGAGGACUUGUAUGUGGUGACAUUGCAGCGAUACGGGCUGCCGUUUGACCCCGAGUCGCGACAGUGGCGCUGCUUCAAGCCGUCGCCGCUCGCGCGUCACGGAGGGGAGCCAAGGAGGGCGAGAGCGGCGGCGGAAGGAGGGUCCCCCAGCGGCGCACCCCUGUCUCCGUACUACAAUCUCACCUCCACCUUUGCACUGAUGGAGGAGGAACUGGGCUCGCGCACACCCAUCACGGACGCACUCCCGUUGUAUGUUGAGCGUCAAGGGGGACGCUUUGGAGGCAAUGAUGACACCCUGCAGGCGGAUGUUGGACUGGAUGCGGUGGACAUGAGACCUGACUUACGAGCUGGUAGCGGCAAUUCACUCGGCCUCACCAUCAGUGCAUCGUACCGCCAUGCGCUAGUGCGGCCAAACGCCGACACAAUGCAGUGGCGACUCCUGAAGGGGGUGGUUGGUGACCCGUACCAGCGAUGGGGACUGACCACCCAAGCACAGGUUCGACCACUCGACGCAGUGCAGCUGGCAAGCACGAGCUUUGCCGCCGAUGCGCAACCGGCUUGGAUAUUCCCGUCGUUAUCUGGCGAGGUCACUUCGAUAAACGGGCGUGGUGUGCCGCAGCUGCUAAAUGUGGAGUCGGGUGUGUCGCUAGAGAAAGAGGAAGUGGAAGACGGGCCCGACGAUGACGCGGCGGGCCGACCGAACUUGCCUCAAGUGACUCCAACAGGCGUCGAAGCCUCGCAGAGAGACAGCUUCACGAGAGGUACCAGCUCUUUAGCAACACCUGCGGCCAGGACGGCCGCCGGAUACCUUCACCAGCGGUGCUGGAACGGCACCUCGCAGCUGCUGCGAGAACCGUUGUCCGCCAGAAACUUGUUGGCAUCUAGCUCAGAGACGAAGCAGCAGCUGAAGCGCCGCCGUCGAGCUCCACCGGCACCGUCAUGGCUACCGCGGCACCAUGGCAGUGUGUUGCAACUACGACUACGUCUUCCGGCCGGUGUGUACCCUGGCAUGCUUGUGCGUGAGCUCCUCAAGAUGGACGUGAACACGCCGGAUGUUGUUGACCUCGACAGAGCCACAUCGUCGUCCUCGCGCACCGACCGCCGUGCACAAUCAUGGCAAGAUCUUACUGCAGAUCAGAGGGCAACCUAUCAGAAGUGGAUCGCAAAGCGUCGUCAGCAGCGACGGUUCUUGCAGCAACCACGCGCCAUUAGCCUCGCCUUGCUACACCAGCAGAUCUUUCGUAGCAGCGGCAUCCGACAAAGCUUACUUCCAACGCUGCGCAGCUACGAUAGUGUGUCAAAGUAG